UCUCGAGGCAAACGCACGGCCCAUACUCAUUAAGGACCUUGAUAACUUGUAAGCGAUGCUCGUCGCUACCACCGUCUCGCCGCCAUGGACUCUCCGGUGUCCGACGCUGACGCCGGCGCCGGAGCCGGAGUCGGUGCCGGAAGUGAAGUGGAAGAUGAGGCUCUGCUGCUGAAAUCACAAGCGGAAGAUCUCUACGGCGCUAAAUCCUUCAAGUCCGCCCACAAGCACGCGCGGCGAGCACGCCGGCUUAAGCCGGACCUCGCCGGGAUCGACGCCAUGGUCGCCGCCUUGAAGACUCUCCGAGCUCCCGUCGCCGACCCUUACGCCGCCCUUCACCUCCCACCUCUCUCAUCCUCGGCCACUGCCCGAUCCCAGUUCGAAUCUCUCUCCCUAUUGUUCUCCGGUGACGCCUUCGCUGGUGCCGCAGAAGCUAUGGAUCGAAUCUCUGCCGCUUUUGACGUUCUAUCUGAUCGGCCUCGCAAACGCGCGCUUGACCUCCGUCUCCGUGAAGCAAUCGCAAGUGCCGCCCCGCUAGAGGAGGCGACGUUCUGGACUGCCUGCGCGGCUUGCCGCCUUCUUCACGAGUUUGAUCGUCGCCAUCUUGGCCAGCGCCUCUUGUGCCCCCGUUGCCUCAAGCCUUUCCUCGCCCUUGAGGUACCCCCUUCUCAAUCUAUAUCUUCCAAUACUCCAAGUUCUAACCCCGGGGUUGGAGUUCGCGCUCCCCGAUCGAAAUCCAGCUCCAGACCUAGAAUUCCUAUCAAUUGGCCUGCGACCAAUCUAAGAAAGCGAAAAACAAACGCUUCCAAUCCUCCGAGCCCUAAAAACCCCAAGAGAAGGAUCGAGAAAACGCUUGCCGAGAUCCAAUUGGAGCUCAGCAAAACAUUAAGAAAGAAGAAUGCGGAGAAGAAGAGGAAGGAGAAGGAGAUGGAGAACAGCAUUGUGGCAGUCAAGGAAGAAAUUGAAGACGGGGACUUGAGCUUGAUGGCAGUUGAGGAUUCUGAUUUCUAUGAUUUUGAUAAGGACAGGAGUGAAAGAUGCUUCAAAAAAGGGCAAGUUUGGGCCAUCUAUGAUGACGAUGAUGGAAUGCCAAGGCAUUAUGGAUUGAUUGAUGAGGCUGUGAGUUCAAAUCCUUUCAGAGUGAAGAUGAGCUGGUUGGAUGUUCAGAGUGAUGGAGAUGAGGCCAUAAUGCUGUUUGAGAAAUCUGGACAUCAUGUUUCUUGUGGAAGGUUCAAGGUUGGGAGGAAGGUUGACAUUGAUUCAGUGAACAUGUUCUCGCAUUUGGUGGACUGUGAGCGGGCGGCCAAGGAGGUUUACAGGGUUUAUCCGAGGAAGGGUUCAGUAUGGGCAUUGUAUGGUGAGGAGAAUUUGGGAAGUGAGGGAGAGAGGAGAUAUGACAUUGUUGUAUUCCUGACGAGUUAUAGUGAGAUGCAUGGGUUGAGCAUGGGGUAUCUCGAGAAGGUGGAGGGAUUCAAGACGAUCUUCAAGAGGCGGGAGAUCGGUUGCCAUGCUGUGAAGUGGCUUGAGAAGGACAAUGUUAGGCUGUUCUCGCAUCAAAUUCCCGCUCGAAAGCUUACAGAUAUGGAGGGAGUGGACUUGCCGGGGGAGUGUUGGGAGCUAGAUCCUGCAUCACUUCCCGCUGAUUUGCUUCGCCUAGGUCAGUGUAGAUGAACCAAGCCUGCCUUUUUUGUCCGUUGGAAUGUGAAAAGAACUGUUUUUUGCAGGCUGUAGUUUAAAUCUCAUGAUUUGUGCUUUACUUGGUUGUUCUAUUAAUAGACAUUUGACAUUAUUUUCACUAUUUCUACUUAUUCGAGUUUUAACUUCAA